AUGACCCAAACCAGAUGGGCAAGUAAACAAAACGAUUCUGAGUUGUCUGAGUUCUAGAGCUCAUUUAAUAUCCAAUAUUCCGAAUUAUUAUGAUGUGAUUUGCAAACAGCAUAAGAAUGGCUGUUGUGCGAAGAAUCAGCAUUGCGGAUGUUUUUAAACUGGCCAUCCUUUUGACAAUACUGACACUGAACACAAACAUGCAAAAAUUAGAUGAAACUGUAGAAAGAACCGAGACGAUUUCCACUGAAGCUGUGAGCAGCCCCAACUCAAUAAUGAAUCCGGUUAAAACUAAACUGGACACAAGACUGGAUUGCCCAAGCAAUUUGGAGUGCAAUAAACUAGGAGGCUCUUGCGUUCGUUGCGACUUCAACAAGUCUUGCGAGUACGGCAGUGAAGUUAUUGUAAAUUGCACAUCUCUGGUGGAUGAUUGUUUGGGUGAUAAAAAAUUUGAGCGUCAUAUGAUUUGCCAGUAUUGCUACCAGAUGGAUCCAUCAAACUACACUUGCAAAUUAAGUGCAAAUUGCAACUCUGUUGCAUCUCCCAGAUCUUAUUACAAGUCAAACUGUACUGCAAAAAGUGAACUUCUGUGUUUGGGCAACCGAGUUUUCCAGAAAAAUUUGCCUUGCAACUGGACGGGAGGUUACAAGUGGAGUACUGCCCUUCUUUUGAGCAUCACUCUUGGUGGAUUUGGCGCAGACCGGUUUUACCUAGGGCACUGGCAGGAGGCAAUUGGAAAGCUCUUCAGCUUUGGAGGAUUGGGAGUUUGGACUCUCGUGGAUGUUGUCCUUAUCUGGCUGCACUACCUAGGCCCAGCAGAUGGAUCUCUGUACAUUUAAAAUUCCACUUUCUCUUGUGAAUUCUGGCAUUUUAUUAAAUAUUCAGCAAACGAACAAGCUCAUCUUCUAACCACAAAAAUAGUUCCUCGUCAGUCAAAGCCAAUUUUCCUGAA